GACUACUUGUCAAUCCCGCAUGUCGUGCCCAUCUCGCACAGCGCGGGCACUAUUUACUUGCUAAAUCUGCUUGUACGCAGAAGAAACUUGCUAUGGCCACAGAAGCCGGUUGCAAUGCUUCUUGGUGAGCUGCAUUAUCCAUCGCAGUGGCUUGAUCCUUGAAUGCCGCUGACAAACUAGCCCCAUGGGUCGAACCCAAGCAUUCCGACGUCCUAUCCAUGCAAAUGGCUCAGAUGCUCCCCAAAGGAGUAUUGAAUCAUUGGAACAAGCUCAUUGCGUUCACCGUGACCAAAGCAGCGCCAGCCUUUGUUGCCAGUGCGGGCCUCCUAUCGAAUAUGUCUUCCAGCUUGCCCAGAAUCGGGAAAAGCCUUGACCCAGAAGGGUCGGAAAGAUGUCUUGCUACAUACGGAAUGUCAGUAGAAGCAGUGGAAACCCUCGAUAAAUUGACCAUGGAGUAUCUGUUCUCAGAAAACUCCACAGGCAUCAAUGAUGAGGCGGUGGUUUGUCUGAAGAAAGGACCGCAGGGGCUGUGGGGGGCUUGUGAGGAUCUCCCGGCUUAUAUCCGGCAAUUGGUGCAGUCGGAACAAGAACAUAGACAGCAGCAUCCACAGACAGAGGCUUUACAGCUCAAAGCUGUCUUCGCAGACAAGGAUAGCAUGAUUGGACCCAAGGGCCAGAAAUACUUUGAGCAUUGUUUUACACAGGCUGAUCUUGGAGGGGCGAUGUCUUUUGAAUCAGUGGUGGUGCCGGACACCGACCACGAUUCAAUCUGGUCAACGCGGACGGGAGUGUUGGAGAAGCUCAUGUGGGACAUCAAGAAAAUCGCGCAGUAACUGACCCAGAAGACCAUUAAAAGCUUCUACCUCCAAGGAGAUGUUUUCCAAAGUGUCCCUGCGACAGUUAAUUAAUAAUGCAUGCGCCCUGACCGCAUUUGUCAGCAA